AACGCUAAGAACAGGUCAUAUGCAAAAGUGCGAUUUCCCGCAGGAGGGCCAAAUGGUCACACUCUUUAGCUCCGCCAGAGUGCCUCGGAAUAAUUGUUUCAAUUUUCAAUUCGAAAAUUCGACUCUCAAACCGUAUCAACACCAUUCAUUCCCCACCACGCGCUUCAAAAACCAAAACAUAAAUAGCAAUAACAACUAAAACUCGGACAUCGCAGACUGCAAGGGAAAAAACAACAACAACGACGACGCGAGCGAAGCACGGGACAAUGUGAAAGAGAGAGAGGGAGCUAGCGAGCGAGAGAAGCAGAGCAAAAGAGUGAAGAGCGCCGAGCGAGUGUCGCAGUCAAGUUUGUUUUUGUUGUUAGUGGUGUGAGUGAGUCAUGACGUUUUUGGACGGCGUAGAAAAAGCCAGUUAAUAGUCGUGCAUUGCAUAAAGCGGGAGCAGCAGCAGGCCACCGGACAAGCAGCGGCCAGUGCACUGGACCAGGACGACCCGCUAUCAGCAGCAGUAGCAGCGGAAGCAGGAGCAAGGCGCUGCACAGGAUUUGCAACAGCUGCGCCCCAUUAUAUUGCCCUUACAAACACACAAAACACACACACACACACACGUACAUUCUAUAGCAGCGAGUGUCACACACAGAGACGCCCGCGCUGUCACAGUCACAGCGCACGCACACACACAGACACACACACACGCACACCCAUACAAAGCUCUUCCCCCCCUCUGUCGUCACAGUUGGCUAAAUUUCGGAAUUCGGUUUUCGUAUUUCCGACUUUGAAGCCAUUUUUUGAGAGCGUCGGAAGGCAAAGCAACAGGGGAGCAGCAGCAGCAGCAGCAGCAACAGUAGAAACUUUCGCCACAACAAGCAAACACACACACCAACCAUGGUUGACCGUUUGGUCAAUUCCGAGGCCAAUACCCGACGCAUUGCGUCCGUGGAGAAUUGCUUUGGCAGCUCCGGUGUUCCACUGGCCAUGCAGGGUCGCGUCCUUGUCGGUGAGGGUGUCCUAACCAAGAUGUGCCGCAAGCGUCCCAAAUCCCGUCAAUUCUUUCUCUUCAACGACAUUCUCGUCUACGGCAACAUUGUGAUUGGCAAAAAGAAAUACAACAAGCAGCACAUAAUGCCACUGGAGGAGGUAUCACUGGAGUCGAUAGCCGACAAUCAGCAGUAUCGCAAUGGCUGGUAUAUACGGACUACGACGAAAUCGUUUGUGGUCUAUGCCGCCACCAGUACCGAAAAGCAAGAAUGGAUGGCCCAUAUCAACAAGUGUGUGGAGGAUUUAUUGCGCAAGUCCGGCAAGAAGCCGGUGGAGAAUCAUGCCGCUGUCUGGGUGCCAGAUACCGAUGCCAGCAUUUGUAUGCACUGCAAGAAGACCCAGUUUACGUUUAUUCAACGGCGGCAUCAUUGUCGCAAUUGCGGUGCCGUUGUCUGUGCCGGCUGUUCGGCCAAAAAGUUUUUACUGCCCCAGCAGAGCACCAAGGCGUUGCGGGUCUGUGAUGCCUGCUAUGAACGCUUGACGCAUGUACCGGCUGCUAAUGCUGCUGCCGGUGGUGCCUCUACCGGCGCUGGCGCUGGCGACAACAAGCUCAAUACAACGACAACCGCUGGGGAUAGUUCCAACGAUGAGGAUUCGGAUGAGGAGAUUGUUUCGCCCGGAGUUGAGUCGCAUGACGAACCGCGCUUCUAUGGCGACAACAGUGUGCUUUCCGCGGCCGAUGACUCUACAACGCCGCCGAUUGCCUCGCCCUACAACACCACCACCACCAGUGCGGCGGCGGCGACUGUUCCCAGUGUCCAUGGCUCGCCCGCUGUCGUUGCCACCGCGCCAUCAAGUCUUUGCUGAGCUCUUGGUGAAUUGAAAUGAAUGCAAGAGGAACAACGUAAACGAUGCGAGGAGGAGGAGAUCAAGGAGAUACGCAAAAUGACGGUCUUCAAGGCGCGUCCGAAUCCAUUCAAGUAGUGCUCGAGAGAUCCAUACCCGUCAAAACCCAAAAUUCUUUAUAUAUAUAUUAUACAUACAAAUAUUAUUACUUAUUACUUUUGUCCAAAAUUAGAAUGAUGUGGAAAAGCGUUGCAUAGUUGUACGUACAAUGAUUAAUUAACAAGAAGCAUACUUUAUUUUUGUCUCUAACUUUUAA